CAAUCGACGCAUCGAUAGCUCAGGAAUUGUCACCCAAAAACAAGCAAACAAGCAAAACAAUUCGAAAGUCAAAAAAGCGAGCGAGAUGAGCGCGUAUUACCGGCGCGAGGCGCUGCGCCACAAGAGCCCCAGCCGGGGCUCCUUCGAGGCGGAGAUGAACGAGUCCGGCUACACAUCCUUUCGGGCGCAGCACAAUUCCACCGCGGAGACGCCAUUUUUGUUCGAGGACGCUGAGGGCGAGAACUGUCGCAAUGCGUCGAACACUUCGCUGGUGAUUCGGGGACAGACCACGCCCAGUGGCCACUACCAGGAGCAGGACCUCCACUGGGGCAAGCCAUUUCCGCAUUCCAGGUCGCAGCCACAAAAACAGGGCUCCUUAGAUGAGUCCUUUUCGCUGACGCCCCGCCUGCAGGAGGCGCACAGUCUGCCCAAGCGGCGCAAGAAACACUUCCAGCCGCCGCACAGCAGCCCCAAGAAGUCGAAGAAGCUGCUCUUCCCCCAGCUGGAGCAACCGCCUCCCAAGAAUCGCUUCUACGGCGGCGUCGAGCAGCUGGACAUUGUGGCCAAACUGGCCCAGAAACAACCGGCCCUGGAGUGCAUACUGCGCCAUUUGGGCGCCCACACGCUGGACGUGAUGACCCAGGUGUCGCCGGCCUGGCGGCAGGCCGUCUAUCGCAGUCAGCGGGAUUUGGAGCGCCUGCAGAACCACCGGCUCAAGCUGAGCCUCACCAAAGAGAACCACCAGGUGCCCAAGCGGUGCCGCCAUGCGCCCAAGGCCAACCAAACAGUGCCAUUGCAGAGCUCGAACCACAGCAGCCUGGCCAACAGUGCCGCCUCGCUAAUGGACUCGGGCAACGCGAGCGUCCACCUGAUGGAAGUGGAUGCCGGAAGGAUUCUGCGCGAGCAGACGCAGCGCGUCAAGUGCCCGCGAUGCGGACGAGGCAGCCGGGUCUUCGUGAGCGAGGCAGCUAAGAGCGGCGACAUGGCGCUGUCCCAGACGCUUCCCAUCGGUUGCAACAACAGCACAUUCGCCGGACAGUCGCUCAAGCGCUUCUUGUCCCUGGACCUCGACGAGUACAAGACGCCGCAGCCGGCAGCCGCUUACAACUUCGCCGAAUGCACCGGCGUCAUUUGCCAAUUCCGCUUUUGCGUCAACUGCCUGUGCAAGUCGCAUCCCGGCGAGCGUUGCCUUGUCACCGAACUGGACACGCCCUCCAAGCUCAUGAUGCCCCGGGAGCGACUGACGCCGCCACAACGUCCCCAGAACCGCGAUCCGAAGAUCAGAAGGAAGAACUCUCUAAAGCGUCUCUGCUUUUAGCUUAUAGCAUAGGCUUUUAUUUACGUUUAGUAUUCGAUUUGUUCAAAUCUCAUCAAUUCCGUAUUAUGUUAGCCGCGUUAAGUUCCAUUUUGUCAUUACACACAUUCUCAUAUUUGUUUUUAAAUCGUUCAUUGUAAGGUCUGUCGGAAAUCUGUACCUCUGCGAGAUUAAGUAUUUUUUACAUAUGCGAAAUAUAAACAUUUUUAUAAAUAGAGCUUUAA